UUUUUAAUGCUCAAGUGGGUGAAGGUAAUGGUCCUGUAUUAAUAUUACCACUUUGUUCAUAUAUCGUUAAAAUCAUUUUUUAAAUUAUUCACGUGAGUUUACCUUACAGUCUGGCGAAAUGGAGUCCAGUGAGGAGGGGGGUCUCAGUGUUGGAGGAGAGGAGAACUACUUCCAGGGCUAUACCUUCACAGACCGCUCUCACUCCAGUCGGGUGGUGAAAAGUAUCAUGGACCUGUGCCUGGAAGAUGGCCUAUUUGCCGACGUCACCAUUGCAGUGGACGGCAAAGAAUUCCACCUACACCGACUUGUGCUGUCGGCACAGAGCAGUUUCUUCCGCUCCAUGUUCACCUCCAACCUGAAAGAGUCCCGUAACCGCUGUAUUGAACUGAAGGAUGUAAGCGCCGCGGUCUUCCAGCUGCUGGUUGACUACAUUUAUCAUGGCACCAUUAAACUGAGGGUGGAGGAGCUGCAGGACACCUACGAGAUGGCAGAUAUGUACCAGUUAACGGCUCUCUUUGAGGAAUGUUCUCGCUUUCUUUCACGGACCGUGGAGGUCAAGAAUUGUCUCCAGGUGAUGUGGCUUGCAGACAGGCACAGUGACCAGGAGUUGUACACGUCUGCCAAACACUGUGCUAAAAUCCACUUGGCCCAACUUCAUCUGACCGAGGAAUUCCUCAACCUGCCGCUCUGUCUGCUCUUAGACAUCAUCAAAGAUGGAGUUCCAACCUCCCAGAAUCCAACUGUGGCUAUUGAGUCAUGGAUAAAUCACAACAGGGUGGAGAGAGAGGAGUUUGCAUGCAUCCUCCAGGAAAAUCUCAAGGAAAUCGGUGAGAACGUCCACAUUUACCUGAUCGGUAAAGAGGACACGAGGACUCACUCCCUCGCCGUGUCACUUCACUGCGACGAGGACGACGCCAUCAGCGUUAGUGGCCAGAACAGCCUCUGCCACCAAAUCACCGCCGCUUGUAAGCACGGCGGCGACCUCUACGUGGUGGGCGGCUCCAUCCCCCGGCGCAUGUGGAAAUGCAACAUGCACACCAUGGACUGGGAGCGCUGCGCGCCGCUGCCCAGGGACCGCCUCCACCACACCAUGGUGUCGGUGCCCGGCGAGGAUGCCAUCUACUCUCUCGGCGGGAAGACACUGCAGGACACGCUCUCCUACGCCGUCAUCUUCUACACGGUAAAAGACAAUAUGUGGACGGAGACCAGCCAGCUGGACAUGGCGGUCUCAGGGGCUGCAGGCGUCAACUUGGGUGGUACCAUCUACUUGCUCGGCGGCGAGGAGAACGACAUGGAUUUUUUCACCAAGCCAUCGCGCCUCAUUCAGUGUUUUGACACGGCGUCUCAGAGUUGUCACAUAAAACCGUACAUGCUGCCGUUCGCCGGAUGGAUGCAUGCCGCGGUCCACAUGGAUGUCAUCUUCAUCGUGGCGGAAGGAGACUCGCUGGUUUGCUACAACCCUUUGCUGGAGAGCUUCACCCGCCUGCGUUUCCCCGAAGCGUGGAGCUGUGUGCCGUCGCUGUGGAAAGUGGCCAGUUGCAAUGGCUGCAUCUAUGUUUUUCGGGACAAAUGUAAGAAAGGGGAUGCGAAGACACUGAAGUUGAAUCCGGCCACGUCGGUUGUCUCUGUUAUCAGAGGUCUUAAAAUCCUUUUGACAAACUGGCAAUUUGUCUUGGCCUAACGUUUCUUAUUUUUAGCUGUGACUGUACAUACUGGACACUACACAGCAAGUGUUGGGAGUAACUCAUUGCAUGGAACGCGAUUAUAUCAUUUACUUGCAAAGUUUCUGUAACUUACUCCAUGAUAGGAAAAAAUCUGUAUUGAAAGCAGUUGCUUAUGUAAAUUUGCCAAAUUACAAUUUUGGUUACGUUUGAAAAAUAGCUGAA